AUGGUCCUCCUCAAGACAUAUGUCGCCGCCAUAGGUGCUGCCUCGGCCGCCGCCGCAGCCGGCACCUGCGUGCCCCGCCCUUCCGCCAGCAACGCGACCUGCAGCGGCAAGACCUACACCUACAACGGCCUCUCGGGCUUCGGCUUCGUGCCCUCCACCUUCAAGGACAAGCAGGGCGACACCAUCAGCAUCGGCUCGUCGCUCGCCGUCGACGGGUGGCAGCGCAAGGGCGCCUCGUACGAGGCCACGCUCUACGGCCUGCCCGACCGCGGGUGGAACACCGAGGGCACCAUCAACUACCAGGCCCGCAUCCACAAGUUCCACCUCAAGUUCACGCCCGUCAAGGCCAGCGCCGCGAACCCGGGCAAGCCCAACAUCGAGCUCGACUACCUCGACAGCAUCCUGCUCAAGGGCCCCGACGGCCAGCCCACCACCGGCCUGGACCCGGACUUCACCGGCGGCGCCACGUACCCGGGCUUUCCCGUCCUCCCCGCCGCCACGUAUACCGGUGACGGCUUCGGCGGCCCGGGUGCCGGCGGCCGGCGUGUCUCCCUCGACACCGAGGGCCUCGUCCUGUCCAAGCCGGACGGUGGCUUCUGGAUCAGCGACGAGUACGGGCCGUACCUCUACAAGUUCGACAGCACGGGCCUCAUGACCAUGGCCGUCGCGCCGCCCAACGCGAUCCUGCCCCUGCGCAACGGCACCGUCAGCUUCCCCUCGGACAACCCGGCCCGCUACGAGCCGAACAACCACCCGAUCCCGAGCGACCCGACGCAGGGCCGGCACAACAACCAGGGGUUCGAGGGCCUCACCAUCAGCGACGACGGCAAGACGCUCUACGUGCUCCUGCAGUCCGCCGCCAUGCAGGAGGGCGGCCUCAAGAAGCCCAACCGCCGGCACGCACGGUUCCUGGCCUACGCGCUCGACCAGGGCCAGGCGCCCGUGUACAAGGCCGAGUACGUCGUGCCCCUGCCGCUGUACCUCGACGGCCAGGGCAACACGCGCGUGGCGGCGCAGUCCGAGAUCCACUACGCGGGCGGGUCGCAGUUCCUCGUGCUCGCGCGGGACUCGGGCGCCGGCCGGGCCAUGGACUCGACCGAGUCCAAGUACCGCCACGUCGACGUCUUUGACAUUGCCGGCGCGACCAACGUCGCGGGGCCGACGUACGAUUCGUUCAACGCUUCCAUUGCGAGCAGCAAGGGCGAGCUCAAGAGCGGCAUCACGCCCGUCACUUACUGCCCCUUCCUCGACUUCAACGACAACGCGCAGCUCGCCAAGUUUGGCCUGCACAACGGCGGCGCGCAGGACGCCAACCUGCUCAACGAGAAGUGGGAGGGCCUCGCGCUGCUGCCGGUGCAGGGCAACAACACGCUCGGCGCGGCCAACGAGUACUACCUGCUCGCCGUGUCGGACAACGACUUCAUCACGCAGGACGGCGUCAUGGGCGGCGGCCUGCUGCCGUACAAGGACAGCUCCGGGUACAAUGUGGACAACCAGCUCCUCAUGUUCCGGGUCACCCUGCCGGAGGGUUCAAAGCCGUUUGCCGGUUGA